AUUUAUUUUCGUAAAACCGGAAUGGAGCCAGAAAUCAAGAAAGGAGGGGAGACUGAAGAACCUAAAGAGGAAGCUAAAAAUGAAGAUUUUGCCGUUAAAAAUGAUGAAACUGAAGUUAUUAAUCAGGGUGAAAAUGAAGAAAUUGGCAAUCGAGAUAAUACUCCAUGGGUGAAGACUCGCGAAGAACAUGACAAUAAUGAAUGUGGGGUGGAGAAGAUUAAUUCGUACGAAAGGAAUGAUUGGAAGAAUUAUGAUCGAGAAGAUUGUCUGGAAAAUGACAAAAAAGUUUAUGCUUGGAAAAACAAAAAUCAUAGUAGUCCGCCAAAAUUGAUGGUUACCUAUCGUGAACCUGAAGAAUGUCUUGACGAGAACGGUCACCGUUAUGUUGGACUGGUUAAUCAAGCGAGCACAUGUUAUUUGAAUUCACUUAUUCAAACAUUGUAUAUGACACCCGAGUUCCGCAACGCUAUUUAUAAAUGGCAAUUCAAUGGCUCAAAUGCUCAAGAACACAAAAAUAUCCAGUUUCAACUCCAAAAGCUUUUUCUAACUUUGCAAACAAAUCAAAAAUCGUCGCUUGAAACAAAAGAAUUAACUACGAGCUUUGGUUGGGAUUCGAAUGAGGCCUAUGAUCAGCAUGACGUUCAAGAGUUAUGUCGAGUUAUGUUUGAUGCUCUAGAACGUUUAUGGCGUAAAAGUGACAAUUCGAAGACUAUACAGGAUUUAUAUGAAGGAACAGUGGAAGACUACGUUAAAUGUUUGAACUGUGGAACCGAGAGUAUGAAGAAGGACAUUUUUCUGGAUCUUCCUUUAUCUGUUAAGGAAUUUGGAGCUAUAACUCCUUACAAGAGUGUUGAAGAAGCUUUGGAUGCAUUUAUUAAACCAGAAAUUCUCAAUGAAAAUAAUCAGUAUGAUUGCUCAAAAUGUUGUAGCAAGCAAGACGCUGAGAAGGGUCUUCGCAUCACAGAAUUUCCUUAUUUGUUAACCAUUCAAUUGAAACGUUUUGACUUUGAUUAUGAGACUUUGCAUCGUAUAAAAUUAAAUGAUCGUAUUACCUUUCCUGAUUUUUUGGAUAUUAAUGGACAUAUAUAUCGACCGCCAGUGCCUCCAUCUCCAUCACCGCCAAAAAUUAGUUAUGCGGCGGCAGCAGCAAAGCCCAAGCCCGAACCAACAGACUCUGGUGAGAUAACUCCAGAAGAUCCAUUUUCGUCGGCCGAAGGUAAUGGGGUAGGCGAGUUAGAAUGUACGGGUGCUCCUCAACUCGAUGUGUCUAACGAAGAGAAAUGUUGGUUAAAUGUCCAUGCUAAAUCAGAUCAAGUUUUACAGCUUUUGGAGACUAAAGGCAAAUAUAUUUAUGAGCUUUUCUCAAUUAUGGUACAUCAAGGAAGUGCUGCAGCUGGUCAUUAUUUUGCUUAUAUUAAGAAUAUGGAUCAAGAUAAAUGGUUUUGCUUUAAUGAUUCUUCAGUUCAAGCUGCCUCAAAACAUGACAUUUAUCGAACUUUUGGUGGCUGGUCUUAUGGUUAUAUGAAUAAUACUAACGCUUAUAUGUUAAUGUACCGUCGCGUAGAUCCACAGCGCAAUCAAAGCUUUGUUCGUUCUAUUGAUUCACCUUUACAUCUGAAAGAAUUACAAACUAAACUUUUAAAUGAAGAACGGGAACGUAUUCGCUAUUUGGAAGAAUCUGUUAGGGUAGUUUUUCGUUGUACAGAGGAGCGCUGUAAACAAUACUCUCCUAUACAAGUUGUAUUAAAUAAAGACACGACAUUGGAUUCUGUUUUUGAUAUUUUACUUUCAAACUGGAAUCAAUUCUGCGAUACACAUAAUGUUAAAGGAGGUGAAGAAAAGCCAGAAUUAGAACAUCAACAUACUGGUUGUGCUCGUUUAGUUCUUUGUUCUAUGCAAGAAAUAUUAUCCAAAAAGUAUUGGAAUAUGCAAGAAGUACUAGUUCAAUAUGAUGUCGCCCCACCUACAAAGAACGACGAUGGACAAAUUGAAGGUGGAUAUUGUGUUGGAAGCACUGAGGAGUUUAAGCGUCCGCUUUCUUCAUUAAUUACAUCUUAUGACCGAGGUAAUAAUAUACCAGAGGUCCUUAUGAUAAUUGACACAAAGGCACCCGAUGCCGAGCAUUUCUGUGAGUUGGGAACGAAAUAUUCUGUUAGUGAACAAGAACAAGAAGAGAAAAGUGUUCGUGAAUAUAUUCGAAGUGAAAAAGAUAUUGUUCAGUCGAUGAUGAAAGGUCGUGAAGCUAAUGAAUCCGAAGAUACUUCUUUAAAUAAAGAAAAAGGACAAGAAGACGAUCAACAUAAUAAUGAGCGUCGUCCUAUUGCUAUCGUUCCGCCAACUUUUAAGAGAUCUGAAAAGACGUUGACGAUUAAGGAUGAUACUUAUGACAAUGUACCUUCUACUUCUAACUCGUUUUGUUCUGAAAAUUAUGGCUAUCGUGUUGAUGACCCAACACAACCUCCACCUUAUACAGUUGCUGAUUAUCUUCAAAAUAUUAUUUUUUCUUGCCGGGAUAAUGAAAAGGAAAGAGCUGAAAGAGUUAAAAAUGAAAUUGAUGCUUAUGCAAGAGAACAGAAGGGAAAGGACUAUUUUAGUGAACAUGAUAAAGAAGCAAGGAAUUCAAGUUCUAAAAGAUAUUUUCCAGAUGAUAAAUUGGCAGAUUUAAUUAAAGUUAACAAAUUGGAAGAACUUCUACAGCAAGAGGGUGCUGUUGAUGCUACGAAAUCUGUUUCUGGUUCUUCAAUGGUUUGUCAUCCCGGUGGUCAUGUAAUACUUGGAGGUGAACAAGAAUAUGAUGUUGAAGAUGAUGAAUGUUGUUAUCAAGAUGAGGAAAUAAAAAUUGGCGAUGAGGCCGAACAGACACAUCUUUCUUGUGGGCCAGAUGAUGAUCCAAUGUUAUUGUCUUCAUCGUUACCUAGCACUCCAAUGAUUUCUCCAGUAAUUUCUGAUGCAAGUGGAGAUGAUAAUGCAAUGGAUCCUAGAGCUGAUGCAGAUGGUGCCAAAACAAAGGAGAAAUUAAUGCGGGUUAAAAUGUUUUUAAAUCGAGAUGGUCCGUAA